AUGUCUACUCCGCGCGUUUGGUUCAUCACUGGCUGCUCCUCUGGCCUCGGUCUAGACAUGACCCGCGCCGUCCUGGACAAGGGCGACAUCGCCGUCGCCACUCUACGCAGACCCGAGGUGCUCGCUGACCUCAAGGCCCAAUACCCUUCCGAUCGCCUCCUCGUCGUCAAGGUCGACGUGUCCGUGCACAGCGACAUUAUCGCCGCGUUCCAGAAGACGAAGGAGGUCUUCGGCCGCAUCGACGUCGUCGUAAGCAACGCGGGCUACGUCGUGCUCGGAGAGGUCGAGGGCACGCCCGACGACGCCGCUCGGGCGUUGUUCGAGGUGAACUUCUGGGGGGCGACGCAUGUCCUGCAGGAGGCGGUCAGGUUCCUCCGAGAGGAAAACGAGCCCGGUAAGGGCGGGCGAAUCAUCCAAAUCACGUCGGGGACGGGACUGUUCGGUUUCCCUUCGUGCGGGUUCUACAGCGCCAGCAAGCAUGCCAUGGAGGGCCUCACAGAAACCCUUGCAGGGGAGCUCGAUCCCGCCUGGAACAUCAAGGUCACACUGAUCCCCCUCGGGGCAUUCAGGACCAACGCGAUGACUACCAGUAUCGUGCAGGUGCCUCCGCUCCCCGCCUACACGAAGUCUGAUCUCCAGUCGGCCAAGAACCGCAAGGCCGUCCUGGCGGGCGGGACGGAUAACCAGGACCCAUCCUUCCAAGUAAAGGGCGACACCUACAAAGCCGCGCUUGCUCUAUACCGCCUGAGCGAGCUGCCGUCUCCGCCGCUGCGUUUGAUGCUUGGGAAGGAGUCUGCGGUGGGUGCGAAGGCUAAGGCGGCGAGCCUGCUGGAGGACGCUGAGAAGUAUGCGUCCUGGUCGGAGGGACUAGAGAGGGAUGAGUAGUGUUAGAGUCGGUAUCCGACG